CUAGCCCCCUGCUGCCGUCCACCGUGUGCCACCAUCCCAUGCUGUCUGACCGUAUGCGCUGUGGGCGUCGAUUUUCUGCAUGGGAUCGAGAGUGUCUGGCAGGUACCGCCAGACAAACAGGGUGCCCUUGUGGUUGGCCGCGGCCGCCAGCCGCCCGUCGGCCGACAGCGCGACGGUCUUGAUGGCCACGGCCUUGUCUGGCGCGAGCACCUGGCGGAUGCGGUUGGCACUGAGGUCCCAGACCUGCACGCGGCCCUCCUGGUCGCCCAGCAGCACCUCUGCUUGGUUGGCAUGCAGCGCCGCCCCGUGGACAGGCACCGGCGCGCCGGCCGUGGUGGCCAUGGUGGCCGUGGAGGUGCUCUCGUUGUCGAGUGAGAGCUGGUAGCCGGUGCCGCGGCAGUCCCAGAUCUUGACGCUGCUGUCCUCGCUGGACGAGAAGAACCAGCGGCCGGUCUUUUCCAACCCGACGCUCGUAACGUUGCUGGUGUGUCCGUCCAUGGUGCUGACGGCCGUGUUGCUGGCGGAUGCCAGGUCGAAGAGCUUCAUGAGGGGGUUGCCGGCGCAGAGCACCUGGGUCUUGUCCGGGGUGACCUCCAGGCAGUUGAUGUGUGAGUCAUUGUAGGGGAUGGUGCGGAAACACUGACCCAGGUGGGCAUUCCAGUAGCGAAGGGUGUGGUCGUAUCCGCCGGUUAUCAGCAGAGGCAGAUCCAUGAGUCGAAUGAGUCUGUCAGCGGUGGCACCCGUCAUAGAUGCAGCCGCUUCGACAGCGAAAUGUCGGCGUCAUCGUUAGUAUACCUCUUCGGUUCUUCAGUAUCCAAUGAGGGAAGAUAGGGACGAUGCUGGUCAGGCAAAAUUGCUCGACC